CCCACGGAAAAGUUCAAUAAAGCUUGUGAUGUUGGAAAUUAAACAAAAAUAUAUAAAAACUUUAUAUAUACUUAGAAAGUACCCAAAACUUGAAUAUAAUAGUACAACAUUUUAUUUGAGUAUUAAUACGUUUCAAUCCACAGGCAACCCUAGCGUCGGGCGCUGCGCACGUGCGGCUCGUUUCUUUGUGAAAAUUUAGUAGGUAUUUAAAAAGGCGGCAUUUCGUGAACAUCAAAGCAGUGGGCCUUCUGUACUUGUACUAUUAUAUAUUCUGUGUUUAUACUGCAAAACCUUUACAGCAAAAAAAUCUAGCUGUGCUCUGUGCUGUAAAAAGCAACACUGUACUGUAUAUUUUGAAUGUGCUAUGUAGGUACAAAAUGUGUUAUGGAUACAAAUCACUGUCAGCUUCAGGUAUAUUUACCUACUUACCUGGAAAUGUAUUUUUAGGACGUAUAAAAGGGGAAAAAAUUUCGCGCUCGCUGCGCUCGCGAUUUUUUUCCUGGCGUAGAUUACCCAAGGGCGUCGAAACUCAAACUCGCUCUACUCUGAUAGAGUGCACUGGUAUAGCCAAAAGUAAAUGGCGAUAACUACCAACUACAGAUUUCGUUAAUUUUAGUUUUAUAAAACCAGAAAUUAAAGUUUGACAGUUAACAUAAAGAUAAAAAACCGUAGGCAUAAAAGUAUGAACUGCCUUGCAAAUUUUAAUAUUUCGUAGAAAACAAACAUAUUCCAGAAAAAAAAAUCUGUGACAGACGGACAGACAGACGCACGAGUGAUCCUAUAAGAAUUCCGUUUUUCCUUUUGAGGUAUGGUAAAAACUUAUUUUUUUUUAGGUAUUUUUUUCAAUACAGAAAAAAAAACGUUUUUUUGCAACUCUAAGCAAAAUGGGUAAUAGUUGAAUGAAAAUUUGGUCAGGGAAAUUUCCUUAAAUGGUCAUGGAAAGUCAGGGAAAAGUCAGGGAAUUUUAUUUGGGUUUAGUGGUGGACACCCUGCAAUAUUAAAAAACCAAAUGAUUACUGGACAGUAUAAAAACUUUGUACGCAUGUCUCCGAUUGAUUUUGAAGAACUAUUGAAUUUAAUUGGACCAAAAGUACAUAAAAACGAUACAAAUUAUAGAAAAGCUAUCAGUGUCACGGAACGGUUAGCACUAACGCUUCGUUUUUAUGCUACAGGAGAUUCCUAUACUAGUAUGCAAUAUCUUUUCAAGAUAUCAAAACAACGAAUAGGAUUUAUAGUGAAAGAGGUCAGCGAAGCCCUUAUUGGAGCAUUAAAAGAAUAUGUAAAGAUGCCAGAAACACCGGAGCAAUGGCUGGUUGUAGCAAAUGACUAUGAUACUUUGUGGAAUUUUCCACAUUGUUUAGGUGCAAUCGACGGUAAACAUAUUUUACUGCAAUCACCGAUCAACAGUGGCAGUGAAUUUUAUAAUUACAAGGGUUUCUUCAGCAUCGUAUUACUGGCAGUUGUUGACGCGAAAUAUAAUUUUUUGUAUGUAAAUAUUGGGUGUCAAGGAAGAAUAUCUGAUGGAGGAGUUUUCAACAACUGUGUUUUAAAUGAAAAACUAAAAAAUAAUGCACUAAACCUCCCUCAGCCCACUGCGUUGCCAGCAAGAACAGAAGAAAUUCCAUUUUACUUCGUUGGCGAUGAAGCUUUUGCUCUUUCCGAAAAUAUGAUGAAAGUAUAUGCAGGAUAUCAUGAACGUGGUUCUAAAGAAAGAAUAUAUAACUACCGACUUUGCAGAGCUCGUAGAGUAGUGGAAAAUGUGUUCGGCAUAUUGUCAGCAGUGUUUAGAGUUUUGCGGAAACCAAUGUUGUUAGAACCGAAAACCGCGACAUCUGUAGUAACAGCAAUAACAUCUCUCCACAAUUUUUUAAGAAAAGGUAAUAAUGCUCAUGUAUAUACCCCUGCAGGUAGUUUUGACGAAGAAUUAAACGGCCAGGGUGGCUAGCCGAAUGGCACAAUCGCUCACGAAACGCUCACGAAACGAAGCGCUAGUAGAUAUCUAUCUCUAUCGCGCUUGCGUAUUGGCGCGACAGAGCCAGCGGCGUAUCGCUUUCGUUUGGCGUCGGAGAAAUGCCAUUCGGCUACGGGGCCAGGUCAGAUUAGGAAACUGGAGAGAAGGUAACAAUGAUAUGACUAGUAUGUUACCCUUGCAAAUAAGACCGCGAAGGGCUACAAGAUCUGCUCACAAUAUUCGUAAUGAAGUUGCUGAAUACUGUAUUCAGCAAGGGUCUGUAAGU